CUCUGAUCGCGAAAACUUGGUAAAUCAUCUUUAAAGAAGUUGCUAUAAAAGACAAUUACUCUCGGGAGUGUUCAAUCAAGUUUAAAAAUUUUAUUUAAAACACAUUCGCAAUACUAUGUUUUACUUCCAUGUCAUUUGAAUUAAUGUUGUGCUGACAGGUCAUCGUGAAUAGUGCGCAGGAUCAUUAGUGUUUUUAUAUUUUCAUGUGAUAUGAGAGCUGAUUGGUAAAGUGACUGAGCAAAGUCAUCUCAUACAGAAUGCCGUAGUCGAUACACAUUCUGACACCGCCCGACGGUCUCGAUCCUUAUCAUUGAUGGAAACCCAUGCAACAUCGAAGAAAAUUACAUUCGGGAAGAUGCGCCCAAAUCACAUAAGAAGAAGGUAGUAAAGAGACAGAGACAAAGCCAGUGAAGGUGAACGGGAACAAGAAAAGUGGCUCUGCGUGGAUUGUCCGUAGAAACUAAUGAUGCCGCGUCCGUCGCGUGACACAUAUGGAGACCAAAAACCACCAUAUUCAUACAUCUCUUUGACCGCGAUGGCAAUCUGGUCCUCUAGAGACAAGAUGUUACCAUUAGCAGAAAUUUAUAAAUUUAUCGCUGACAGGUUUCCUUAUUAUCGUAAGGAUACGCGGCGGUGGCAAAACUCCCUGCGUCACAAUCUAUCCUUCAACGACUGUUUCAUUAAGGUACCGCGAGGGCCACAUAGACCAGGCAAAGGUGCCUACUGGGCGUUGCACCCUGCAGCCCUGUCCAUGUUCGAAAAUGGCAGCCUCUUACGUCGACGGAAACGUUUCAAGCUACAUAAACCUGACAAGGAGUUGCUCAAGUCAGAAUUGCAAGCUCUUGCAUCAGUUAUGCCACCACCUCCCCCACAUCAUGGAGAUACCGUUAGUACGAGCGUUGGAUCAGCAGCAGCUGCAGCUGCUGCGGUCGUGGGCUUCACCGGAAGUGGAGGAAGUGCUGGACUCAACGCAGCAAAUCUGCAUCGGCUCAGAGAAGAUUUACUCAGAUGGGAGAUGCAGGAGAAACAAAUAAUGGUUGCGGCGGCAUCCUCAUCAAGCGUAGCUACGGUGACAGUGACACCGACAGCGACGGCAGCGGUGACAGCGGCCGCAGCAGCUGCAGCAGCCGCUGCGGGCUUAGGGUUCGAAUCAACAGCAGCGGUAGCUGCUGCGGAGAUCGCUUCCGGGUACUAUCUCCUCUCACCAGAAGCGAGGCAAAGGCUUGGAGGAGGAUCACUCUCUGAUGGUGCAGAACCACCAGCUUCCACGGACUAUGAUACGAGUGCAUUGCUUCGCUCAGGAAGUUGGGGUUUCUCGAGCGGAUUUAACACGUCACCGUACGUACACCAGCUUCCGGCAUACUUGCAUCAUCGACAGAAUUCUCUGUCUGUGGAUAUCUCAUUAGGGGAGCAUCGACUCUGCGGACCGCGACUUCUUCCUGAACGCGAGACCAGUACGACGCCCACUACUGGCUCUUCGAUCAUACCCAUAGAUGGCACGGAAAUCUACAUUGAAGACUCCACAGGAUCACGAACACCUCGAAACUCUCCAAAGCAUGAUGUCACCUCUGCAGCCGCUGGUACUAUGCCUACAACUACCACUACUACUACUACUACUACUACUACAGCUAGUAUCACCUCCAUUAAUACUAACGUUGGUAGUUCCACGACGAAUCUCACACUCUCAAAAAGAAGAACAAAGAGACCAUUCACUAUCGAAAAUAUCAUCGCUCCCGACGAUGAUGUACUCAGCGUCGAAGUAGAGGAUGUAAGGAGAGGCACCGAGGGCGGAACUAUGAUGAGGAGGGCAACGACGCUUCUUGUACCACGACCUCUCUACGCCGGUUAUCCCGUUUCAUUAGGAACGACGGGCCUUCGUAGGCCACCCUAUGGUGCUACCACCUGAGUACCUUUUGUCGGUCAUGGACUACCUGCAAUACUUCCAAAUAAUCUCCCUUGGAGGAGAAUAGGAUGUCAAGAUGCAUAAUGAGACUAUAUAUAAGAUGAAGUUGAAGACUUCUGUGAGAAAAACUAUUGUGAAUUUCAUAUUAAUUGAAAACCUAUUGACUCACCCAAAAAUAUGAUUAAGCGUAGUGAUUUCAGUGCUCAGCAAUUAUUGACCACCGCAAUGUGCAAUUACAUAAGUCUUUAGCCGCAUGUUUCUUGCGAUAGUGGUGCGAAUUGUGAAAUAGAGCCACGAAAUCCCAGCAUUUAUUACAAUUAGACUUACGUAUAGCUAAAAGUAAAAUGCCUCAAGAAAUAAAUUAUUGUAUAUAGAUUGGAAAUACAAGUAAUACGUACAGAA